GCAGAGGUGUGUUUCCCCAAUCCAGCGGACUUUUUAUCUGCAAAUUUUGAUCGAGAAAAGCAAUAAUGGGUCCCCAAGAGUGGCUUGGUGAAGACGAGAGCGCGAAGGAGAUGCUCGAUAGGGUUCAGACGGAUCGGCCCUUCUUGCUUCUUCCUCCUCUUCAUCGGGUUCCUCUACGCGUCGGCAAUGUCGUCGAAAUUGUUGGUCCUUCCGCCAAAACCCACAUCUUGAUUCAGGCUGCAAUCAACUGCAUCCUGCCUCAAGAGUCGGAUGGCGUCAAGUAUGGAGGACUCGGGCAUUUAGUGAUGCUCCUAGAUUUGGAUUGUCGCUUUGACAUUUUACGGUUUUCGGAAUUGCUCAAGCUUCGGAUCUUGGAAGCCAGAGGUAAACUUCUUGAGUUUUAAUCUGUAAAGAAUUGUUUGGUUAGCGGUGGUGGAUACUCCUUAAAAACAAGCACUUCCAUAUGAAGCUAGGAAUAGCAAAAGCAAAGCUUAAUGUCUAACUUUCCAAGAAUACCCAUUUCUUAAUCGUUCCCAAAUUUAUCUUAUUUUUAUAGUUUGAUGAAAGAAUAGCCAUUACCUCCAACCAAACAUGAUGUAAGGAUGUAGUAAUCUUUUAUAGCUCGUUCGGUUUGAUGGGAGUAGGAUAAAUUUUGCUAUUUGAA